AUGUCACGUUUAAAUGAUAAAUCUGAUUGGAUGGGUGAAUCAAAUGUAUUAAAUCUUACAAUUAAGGAGAUUUGUUUGGCUGGUUCUCAUAACUGUUUUAGUUAUAAUACUAAAACCCAAAUCAAAGCAGCAGAACCUUAUGACUCAUUUCCCAUUAUAAUGAAUGGAUUUGUUAAGGACUGGUCAGAGACACAAACACUCACUAUCCUCCAACAAUUACAAGAAGGGGUUCGAUAUUUUGAUUUAAGAAUUCAAAAAUUUAAAGAUGAUAUUUAUACUGUACAUGGUUUGUACUGUGAUUUAUUUGUUGUAAUAUUAACACAACUGAGUGAAUUUAUUUGGUACCACAAGAAAGAAGUCAUAAUUCUUGAUAUUAAUCAUAUCUAUAAUAUGAACAAAGAGGAUAAUGAAAAAAUUUUAGAAAUAAUAAGUUGUUUAUUCAAUGGAAUUAGUGUAGAAUGUAAUCCAGAUAAUCUUAACAUUCCGCUUGAAGUUUUAGUUACUAAUAAUAAACGAGUUUUUAUAUUUUACGAUUAUCCAAAAGAAGUUAAAGGAUUUCCAUAUAUCUGGAAUCAAGAUUUCAUUCAUUCCUAUUGGCCAGACAGACCAACAUUCCAAGAGGUUAGUCAAAGAAUUUUAAUAGAUGGAAUAAAUUGGAUUAAUAAGAGAAGAACUGGAAUUACCAUUCUUCAAAUCAUACUAACCCCUACUAACAAAAGUAUUAAAUCAUGUUAUUUGUCUAUUUCUCAUUCAAAAUCAUUGAAAGGGGUUUCAUAUAAAGUUAAAGAAAACUUUUUUCAAUUUCUUCAUUGUAAAGAACUCGAAUCAUUUCCAAUUAAUGUUUUAUUACUAGAUUUUAUACAGAUUAAUGAUCCAUUUAUACAAUUAUGUAUUGAACGAUCAAUUAAAGCAUCUGAUGAGAAAAGAGGACAUUAA